AUGGCCCCAGCUGCCGCCGCCGCCGUCCACCCGUCGUCGUGGCUGCGGCCCUGGCCACCUUCCCGUCUAGCGGGGCUGCGCUGCCACCACCGUCAUCUGCUCGCGCCCGCGGCCACCAGAUCACGCCGCCCCAUGACCCUCGGCCGCUCACCCGUGCACGGCCCCAGCCGCCGCCCCUGCAAUCCGCCCGCCGCAGUGGCCGCGGCCCCGGCCGCCUUCCCCUCCGGCAAUGCAGCACCGCCGCCGCCGUCAUCUGCUUGUGCCAGCGGCCAUCAAAUUUUGUGCCGGCACGUGACCCUCAGCCACUCGCCCUGCGCACAGCCCCAGCUGCUUGGGGCUGCCGAUGCCUUCCCGAAGCUCGAGGCGCGUUGCUUGGGGCUGCCCCCACUGCUUCGUUGCGGAGCACCGCAGGAUGUUGGGCGCCAUUGGAGGAGCCGCUGGGUGGUGCUCGGAGUCCCUCAUCCGUCGAAGCGCUCAGAGCCACUAUCACCCGCACUAUCGCGGAGGUGA